CCAUCACUACCCACCGACCACACGUCCGCCUCCCUCCCCUGCCUCUCCCCCCGUAUCACCUCCGGCGCCAUCCACAGCGGGCUCCCCCUCCCCGCCGCCGACGAGACAUCAACAUCAACAUCCACCGCCGAUCCGAAAUCCGCGAGCGCGGCAGUCCCCGGGGAAUGGCCUAAAAGGACGUUUUUGCCCUUGACGUCGCAAUGCACGAUGCCUCUGGAGUGGAGGUAGCUCAGCGCGGCGACCAGGCACCAAGCGUAGGAUGCGACGGCCGCCUCGCUCCGAUCGGGUAAAUCGGCGGAGGUUCUGGCGGGGAGAUACUCCAUGUGGAGGUUCCUGAACGGCGACGAUCCCUCCGACGUCGUAUCGUCGCCGAGGUAUUUCACAAUAAAAGGCGAGGAGAGCGAUCUCAAGAUUGCGAUUUCGCUCUCCAGCGCCUCGACUUGCGAUGGCAAGGCCGUCGCCAAGUUGACGGACUUGACGGCGAAGAUGUUGCCGGUGGCGGUGUUGACGGCGGCGUUGACUGAUCCGUCUCAUUACUUAAAACACACAUUUUUGUCGAAGAAAAAAUCAUGCCAAGCGCCGCCGCCGACCGCUGGAAGAAGGCCGUCGCUAUGGGUCUCUCCCUCUUCGGUCGCACUUUCAACCCGUCCAAAUGGCAAAACGUCGGCCAAAAUGGCGGUGGCAAGGAUUAAACUGCUGAGGAACAAGCGAGAGGUGGUGAUCAGACAGAUUAGGCGCGAUAUUGCUCUGCUUCUCGAGUCCGGCCAAGAUGCCACUGCUCGUAUUCGAGUUGAACAUGUGAUAAGAGAACAGAAUAUUAUGGCAGCGAAUGAGUUAAUCGAACUUUUCUGCGAUCUAAUUGUGGCAAGGCUCUCUAUCAUAGCAAAGCAAAGGGAAUGCCCGCCUGAUCUUAAAGAAGGGAUAUCGAGUUUGAUAUUUGCUGGCCCUCGAUGCUCAGAGCUCCCAGAGUUACUGGCCAUACGAGAUAUAUUCCAGAAGAAAUAUGGCAAGGAUUUUGUUUCUGCAGCUACUGAUCUGCGUCCCAAUGCUGGUGUCAACCGAUUGCUUAUUGAAAAGCUCUCUGUUAAAACGCCAUCGGGUGAAGUGAAGCUGAAAGUUUUGAAGGAAAUUGCGAAGGAAUACCAGGUUCAAUGGGAUACAACAGAAUCGGAGGAGGAAUUGCUCAAGCCUCCAGAAGAGCGUAUUGACAGCAAGGCAAUGUCAUGAAUUUUCAAGAUGUGGCAUCUGCUGCUGGCGUUGCUGCUGAGAAAGCACUUGCUGGUGCUGAAGCAGCAGCCGUCCUAUGGAGGUAACAAGCAGAUGCCUGCUUCUCACAACAGUGGGGGAAGCUUCAACAACACUUCUCGUAAAUCCAGUAUAAAGUUUAAGCCAACUCCCCCGGCUGAGUAUUCUACCAUUGAUGAUCAAUCUGAAGAUGAGAGAACAACAAUACAAACAAUCGGCCUCCAGAGCGCCCGGCUCCACAAAUUCCAGUGCGGCGUGUGCACCCCAAGCUGCCUGACUACGAUGCACUGGCUGCUCGUUUUGAAGCACUGAAACAGCACAAGGCGUGGCCUAGGUAAAUCGGCCAGUGCACAUUCAUAUAUGUUUAUCAAUGAAUAUAAUAUACUACUGGACGUUAUACCCCUCUUUUGCCUAUUGUAAAUGGAUACUGAUAUUGAAGAAUAUAUACAUAUAAUAAUUUUGUAGUUUA